AUGGAAUUAAACCGUUUAACCUAUACCUACGAAUACGUUUGCAACUUGAUUGAACAAGGAGUUAUCGUAGAUAUUGAUACUGUGGUUCCAGUCAUGGGUGGUUUAACGCUGCUUCAGAUCGCAACUUUCAACAAUGAUAAAAAAUUGGUGGAUUAUCUGCUUCGCAAGAAAGCUAAUGUACAUUCAAAAAGCCGAUACUGGGGUACAGCUCUUCAUACUGCUGUCAUAAUGAAGUACCUGCCUAUAACUGAGAGUCUAAUAAAUUAUGGGGCAGACGUUAAUGCUCGGGUACUUGUGGACCCUUAUGUGACUCGUUUCCGGUAUCCAGUUAACGAAAAUGAUGAAGAUAUUCCUGAGUUUUUAUUGAAAAGAGACGACGAUGUGAAUAGGACAUUGAUUCUUUAUGAAUUGUGUUUUGCCAAAUCACCAUUACAAAUUGCUGUUGAUCAAAGUAAAGAAGAAAUGGUGGAGCUACUUUUAAAAAGAACUUCUCUACAUUUUGCUGUCAAAUGCCUGAACACGGAAGCAGUAGAAUUGAUCCUUAAUGAUAGUAUGGUUGAUCAAAAUAUAGUGACAGUGUGUGAAAAUUCAGCGCUUCAUUACGCAAUUGAGUUCGCAACCGACGAUACGAUCAUUAGACAACUUCUAAAUGCUGGUAUUGAUAUCAAUUUAAUAAACAGUGAUGGUGAAACAGCUUUUACUUUAAAUCUUAAUAAUUCACCAAAAGUUAAUGACGCAAUUAUCGAACAUAUUGCAAAACUCAGUGCGGCGAAUUUUUAUAUCCAUAAACAAAAUUUGGCAAUCGUAAAUCAAGAACAAUUCGGUAAAUUACGCAUUCAGUGUUUAAGUGAAUUAGAAAAAAUGAAGAUAACAUAUGUUUGUACGAGCAAUGUUACAUAUUAUAAUGUUCUGUGCAAUAAAUGUGAGCACAAAUUGGCUGUUAGUUUAAAGUAUGUUAGUGAUAGUGAUAUUUUUGAUUUGGACAUUCCAUCUCUUUUUCCACUAUACGGUGGAAUGAUAAGUUAUCGUUUAAAAAAAGCAUUAGGACGAAAAAAAAUGUUAUUCAAAGCUAUUAGUUUAACUAACGAUAUUUUCGAUGAAAUCCAACUCCCAAGUACGUUUACAAAGGAUAUUUUUAAAUUACUAACCAAUAAAGACUUGAAAAAAUUACAAUGA